UGCCAUUUCUGUGAGAAGGCCUUUAUGAACCAAGCUUAUCUACAAAGCCACAUUCAACGCSGCCACCCUGAUGAUUCUCACCUUGAGUAUAAAACAAAGGCUCAGACGGACAAGCUCCAGAAGGAGGUGGACAUGUUGAAGGAGCAGCUGCAGCUUACCAAGUCUCAGUUAGAGACUGCUCAGCACGCUCAUGCAAUCAGAUUCUCUAAGGAAUAUGAAAUGCAAAAAACAAAAGAGGAAGACUUUCUGAAGUUAUUUGAUAGAUGGAAAGCAGAAGAAAAAGAGAAACUAGUUGAUGAAAUGGAAAAAGUCAAGGAGAUGUUUAUGAAGGAGUUUAAAGAACUAACUUCUAAGAAUUCAGCAUUAGAAUAUCAAUUGUCAGAAAUCCAGAAGUCCAAUAUGCAGAUUAAGUCCAACAUAGGCACAUUAAAAGAUGCACAUGAGUUUAAAGAAGACCGUUCUCCACAUCCCCAGGAUUUCCAAAAUGUGAUGCAGCUUCUCGAUAACCAGGAAAGCAAGUGGACAGCUCGAGUUCAAGCUCUCCAUCAGGAACACAAGAAAGAGAAGAGCCGGCUUCUGUCACAUAUAGAGAAACUUCGAACCUCCAUGAUAGAUGAUCUAAAUACAAGCAAUGUUUUCUACMAGAAAAGAAUAGAAGAACUAGGCCAGAGACUCCAGGAGCAAAACGAACUGAUUAUCACUCAGAGGCAGCAGAUUAAAGAGUUUACCAAUAAACCAUUAAGCAGUGUCAGUGAACCCAAAGGGAAUUCUUUAGCUUGGCAAACUUUUGAAUCCAAGCCAGUUGCCCCAGCUGUACCUAUGAAUGCCUCCGUCUCUCAGACUUUAGAAGCUAAAUCAAGUCUAACAAUGGCACAUGAACAGGCAUUCUCGUCACACGUACUGGAACCCAUAGAAGAACUUUCAGAAGAAGAAAAAGGAAGGGAAAAUGAACAGAAAUUAAAUAACAAGACACAUUUAAAGAAAGCUUUGAAGACCAACCCCUCCCUCACGAAGGAGAUAAGAACAGUUUUGGAGCAGAGCUUGAUGGAGAAACUGGAAACCCUGGGAAUUAAUGCCGAUAUCCGCGGUAUUCCUAGUGAGCACUUGAAUAGAGUGCUGAAAACCGUGCAUUCAGCAAGACAUGAGAGAGAAAGACAAAUGCCCAACAUUCAGGAAAUUCGAGAAUUCCUUGAACAUCAGGUCAGCUGUAAAAUUGAGGAGAGAGGAUUACUCUUUACAGAUAAGCCCAGUAUUUCUCAAAUGGAAACCCUUUCAACUGGAGAAGUACCCAAAGCAGUCCAGCUUCCUCCCAAAAACAGAAUAUUGGUUAGACAAAGACCUGUUUAUACUGAUAGAACUGCUCCUGUUCCAAAAAUUAAGAAAAAUGUCAUAGAAGAUCCUGUUCCCAGAAAGUCAUUGUCUGUUACGACACCUCCCUUCAGUUCAGAGGAAGAGCUGGAUGAGGAUGACCUCAUCCAGGCAUACAUGUCCCCAGACUUACUUCCCGUGCAGUCCUCUAAAAGCAACAAGACUAGCUAUGGAAAGAGCAGCAUCAAAAGUGACACUGACUGGACUGAGGGAAGCGAAAUGGAGGACUCUGACAUUUCUCCCAAGCCCACAGUAACCGCCAUUAAAACACUGACUGAAAAAGUUGAAAAGAUGGUUUCACAGCAAAAAAAUGUGAAUAAGCCAGUUGGUGGGAUUAAUGUGGCUGAGGCAUUUAUUGCAAAAGAAGRAUUACAAGAAGAACUAAAGUGCGCAGAUGUGGACGAYGAUGACUGGGACAUAUCAUCCUUAGAAGAAGAAAAUUCCUUGGGGAAGAAAACUGUGAAAGAAUGGAAGGAACCUCCACCAUUGAAGAAUGAAUCGAGUUCUACUCAAGUGCCAAGUGCCUGGGUUGCUUCUAAACCUAGGGGAUCCAAAACAGAAGUUCGUCAGGAAAACGAAUUGAGCACACUGAAAARCAGCUUCAUAACUAUGGCUGACUGGGGUGACCCUUCACGAAUGGAGCACAUUAAAAAGCAGCUGAGUAACUGUGACUGACUGGAGUGACCCUGCAGAUAAUUAACUACAGAAGCCAACAGUUCAGCAAUGGCUACGUGAUUCUCAAGCUCUUGCCUUACAGCGUUUCCCACGAUAACUAGGAAGCSAGUUCAGAGGAUGAGGUUCUCUUUAAUGGCACUUGGUACAGUAUUGAGAAACAAAUUGUCCACAGUAUUUGGAAGCAUAUAAAGGUGUUUGACUUCUUAAGAAUAAUAUGUCACUGAAGUCAUAAAGUGUUUUCUUUAGAAUGGUACUCUAGUGUUAAGUGUAUUUUUUUCAACUAAUUUUUAAGAGAAAAUUUUUCAGCUUCUCACGGGUUUUGGUUUGAAUUAUUACCGCGUUUUAAUAUAUUUUAGGUUUAUUGUCACAUUGAAAGUAUUUAUAUUAUAAACUUCUCUUAGUAUCUUUAAAAUUGAAUUAGUAGAAUCUACAAAAUAUUGAGUUAGAUGGGUUAUUUUUCAUAUAGAAGUUUAGAAAAAUAUAGCUAGGCCCAUGUUAAAUACAUUUUCCUAAAUUACUUGGAUCAUAUUCUGCCUUGAGCCACUGUAAGCAUGUUGCUACCAGUUAUUUUCUGCAGAUAAUCUUUAUCUUGGAUAUUUUACAAAUGAAAUGUAGCUAUUUUAAA